CUUAAGAGUUUUUGCAUUUUUCAGGGUUGUCCAAAACUCUGAUCUCCAUGGAGUUUCCUUUGGCUUUCCUGAUAGUAGUUUUUCUAGGGAUAACUACUCUUGUCUCUCAAGUAGAGGCCCGUGCAUUCUUCGUCUUCGGUGAUUCACUUGUCGAUGCUGGUAACAACAAUUACUUGGCAACCACUGCUCGUGCUGAUUCGCCUCCUUAUGGCCUUGACUACCCGACUCGUCGACCCACUGGUCGUUUCUCCAAUGGACUUAUCAUCCCAGACAUUAUCAGUGAGUCUAUUCGUGAGGAGUCUGUAUUGCCCUACUUGAGCCCACAACUCACAGGAGCCAGACUACAAAAUGGUGCUAACUUUGCUUCGGCCGGGAUCGGAGUUCUUAACGACACCGGAGUCCAAUUCGUAAACAUAAUUAGAAUGCCAAGGCAAUUGGCGUAUUUUCAGGAACACCAACAGAGAGUGACUCAACAAAUUGGAGCUGCACGGACAAAGCGGCUAGUGAACCAAGCACUUGUUCUUAUUACAGUUGGUGGCAAUGACUUUGUUAACAAUUACUAUUUGGUUCCAGGCUCAGUUAGAUCUCGUCAAUAUUCUCUCCCUGAUUACGUUCGCUUUGUCAUUUCUGAGUAUAAAAAGCUUCUAAAGAGGCUGUAUGACUUGGGGGCUCGUAGUGUUCUUGUGACUGGAACUGGACCUCUAGGUUGUGUUCCAGCUGAGCUUGCCCAGAGGAGCCGUGACGGCUCUUGUGCCGCUGACCUGCAACAAGCUGCCGCCCUCUACAACCCUCAACUCGUUCAGAUGAUUAACCAACUCAACGGGGAAAUCGGUACUCGGGUUUUCUUCGCCGUUAAUGUGCAACGGAUGAGAACUGAUUUCAUCAGUAACCCUCAAGCAUAUGGUUUUGUCACAUCAAAGAUCGCAUGUUGUGGGCAAGGACCUUACAAUGGGCUUGGACUCUGCACAGUUGCUUCAAACCUUUGUCCAAACCGAAAUAUUUAUGCAUUUUGGGAUCCAUUCCACCCAAGUGAACGGGCGAACCGGUACAUCGUCCAACAGAUCCUUUCCGGCACCAACGAUUAUAUGUACCAUGGGAAUCUAAGCACCAUCUUGUCCACCAUUGAUUCCAGAGUUGCUGCUAUUGAUUCCAAGGUCUAAUAGUUCAUGUUUUCUGUCAAGUUUGCCGGCGAGAUCGAU